ACUAUAUAUCAAUCACAAUAACAACCCCAUUCUCAUUCCUCUGUUCUACUUCAAAAAACAGAACAGCACUGUCUCUGUUUCUCUGUUUUCUUCUUCUUCUUCUUCUUCGGUUUCGGUUUCUGUUUAGCCAUGGCACUGUCACGUGCCAUGCUCGUGUUAUCUAUGUCUAUAAUUCUGGUGGCAACAAUGUCCACAGCGCAACAAGCUCCGUCACCUUCACCUUCAGCUUCACCUAAGAGCUCACCAUCAACACCAAAAACACCAUCGCCAGCUUCACCAAAGGCCCCCACCACCACCCCUCCACCACCUGCCGCAUCUCCGGUCUCACCACCGGUUUCACCGCCCUCACCAAUGUCCAGUCCAAGUCCAACUUCCUCAAGCCCAACCCCAAGCCCAUCUUCCACGACGUCAACACCUCCUUCAGCCUCUGCUCCUUCCCCUGCUUCAUCACCAGCCAUGGACUCUCCACCAUCUCCCACGCCGUCAUCGUCACAGUCACCGUCACCGUCACCGUCACCGUCACCAUCCACCGGAGCGCCUCCGAAGUCCCCAAGCUCAAACGCGUUUGUUCAUGGAAGCAGCUUCAGCUUGGUGAUGGUAGCAGCAUUGUUGGGUGGUGGUGCAGUGCUUCUUGGUUGAAGAGAAAGGAUGGUGUGUACUUGGUUGUAGCUUCUUCCUUUUCUCUCUAGUUUUACACUCGUUCCUUUUAGCUUCUUGUUUCAUAGAUUUGGUGUAUGAUUUUUGAGUGCUUCAUUGUUGAUUUGUUUGGGAGGAUGAGCAUCUAUUUACAUAACAGACAUGUGUGUGUAUUUAUGUUACUUGUCACAUUGUAGCAUUUUGUAGCUCACUCAAUAAGAGAGAUCUCAUUAUUUCUA